CGCACACACUGCAAUCGCUUCACGACUAUGAGCGGAGAAAUGUGAUGCACUCGCGUCACUGAUUCAUUCAACUCUUUGUGGUAGCCAUGGCCGACUCACCCAACAGCUAUUCCGGGGCACCCGGGUCUCCAAAUCAGUUUGACCCAGCUUCUCCUGGAUAUGAUCCUGCAUCACCUCAAGGAUCAGUUUCGUCAAACAAUAGUAAUGCUGGAACUCCUUCGCAUGUGUCUGCGCCAUCUUCACCAUUGUCUGCUCAUGCAGAUUCUGAUGACGACUACCGCGCUGAUAGUCCCAACAUUCCUGUUUCUCCCGAAGGGGGUACAUCCAUGUAUCAACCAUAUAAUCCCGUUUCGCCACCGCACGAUGCUCCCUCUUCCUCAAGAUCUCCUCCACAGGUCCAAGAUCCCGACACUUCAUCUCCACGAUAUCGGGAAAAUGACGACGAAACGAGCAAUGUAGUGGCUAAGAGUGGCUCUGAGACUAAUGGUGAUGUGGAUGAUGAUCAUUCUGAGAAAAGAAAAUCGCCUGCUGGUUCGGACGCUGAAGAUGAUGAUGACGAGAAUGUGGUUCGGAAGAAGAAGCGCAUAGUUGAUUCAGACGAUAGCGAUGAGGAUGAUGCGGGCUCUAAGCGAAAUCUGUUGGAUUCCGAUGACUCUGAUGAUGAUAUGGAUGAAGAGCAAAGGAAGAAAAAGCUUGGAAACUUGAUGGUAAACAUUUUCGGCGAGGAUGUCGAAGAAGAUGCUGAAGCCUCACAUGACGCUGAAGAUGCUGAAGGUGAACAGGAAGAAGGAGAUGGUCAAGCCGGUCAUGGCGAAGAAGGUUACGAAGAUGACUAUGGUGAAGGCCAUCAUCGCAGAGAGGACCAUGAUGACAGGGAUAAUGCAGGCUUUGAGUGGGACUUUGACGUUAUGCUGCGUGAAAAGAAGGCUGAACGGAAAAGGAAGCGAAGAAAGCACGGUGAUGGAAUCGACAUAAUAAAUGAUGAUGAUGGAAUUAUUGCGCAUAUGGUUAACGCUAUGAAAAAUGCUGCUAAGGAUGAUCGCCAUUCAAAUACGGAGAGAAAACCGGCAUUGAAGAAAAGAAAGAUGCUUGCUGAUGUCAAGAUGAUGUUGCUAAGGACUGACACGCUGGACGCGAUGAUCGAGGGUGGAAUGAUGAGUGCUGUGUCGGAGUGGUUGGCGCCUUUGCCAGACAAAAGUCUUCCAGCUCUUGAAAUUAGGACAGAGUUGCUGAAAAUAUUGCAGGGAUUUGGCCGACUUGAUCAGGGGAUCCUGAAACAGUCCGGGCUAGGAAGAGCGGUCAUGUUGUUGUACAAGCAUCCAAGGGAAACGAAAGAAAACAAAGCUAUAGCUGCACAUAUUAUACGAGAGUGGUCAAGACCCAUCUUCCAGCUAGAUACAGAUUUCCGCUCCGUUUCCCGUGAGGAGAGGCUGCAAAGAGAUUUGGAACAUAUGUCAAGCGCAAAAAAGAAGAAGCUGAGUGGAGAAGCGGGAACGUCCGAUCAGAAUGCAACGCCGAAGGACGAAAAAGUGAUUAACAGAGCUCGCGUCCCUAGGCCUUCUACUAAAGAUUAUGUUGUUAGGCCAAAGUCAAAUGUGGAGGGAGAAUUUAAGGGUGAACGAAAAGCAAAGGCAUUUGCCCGUCUUGAUAAAGCCCAACGAGAAUUCAUGGAAAGAACAAAGCGUUUGAAAGUCAAAAGAGCUGUCGGCGUAUCGCUAGAAGGAGGAAAUAUGGCUAUUUAAUGCGUGUAUGUGCAAAUUACAACAUUUAUUUACCAGUUUGACUUUCCUUUCAAUAGUAACCUAUGACUCUCUACAGUUUGUUAUCUUUGUGUCUUUGACUAGCUGCUGUUCUGAAGAUGUGUGGUGCAUAUGUAUGUGAACGUAUUUUCUAGGCGAUGUCAUGUUUGAAAUAUUAUCUUAUUUUUAUGCCUAGCAUUCUCUAACUUUUUUUUCACAAUUGCUUGCAGAAAUCAUGAAUUUGGAUGUUUGAAUAAAGAGGCUAUU